AUGCGAACUGUCUAUCUUUCAUGGCAGAUUACAAAAAGUGGAGAUAUGAAUUUCGUGUCUCCACUGUUACGAACUACGAUCAAGCAAGUUCAAAAAUUAAUCAAUCAUGAUUUGGGAGUUGUUGAAAAGGACGUCUAUACAAUACGAGUACGUGCUGGUUCAGGUGGACACGGAUUGCAACGCUACGAUGGACGUGGAGGAACGGGAGGUAGCGUGUUCUUGAGAGCCUUACCAAGUAUGGCUUUCGCCGACAUCAAAAAGCGGUUGGGUGGAAAAAUGCGAGUGAAAGCUGUGAGCGGGACUCCCAGUCAGAAAGUGAAGCUCGUUGGCGAAGAUGGGGCAGAUGCGUUUUUGGAUGUGCCCGUGGGGAUUGAUGCGGUGGACGAGGAACGAAAUGUGCUACUUGCACGGUGUUCUAGGCCAUUUCAAAAUUAUCUGAUAGCAAGGGGAGGCUGUGGUGGAGAUGCAAGGAAUAAUUACAAGGGUGAACCUGGAGAGCAGUUUACCGUAUCGCUUCAUCUGAAACUUCGUCCUAAUGUAGGACUUGUUGGUUUUCCAAAUGCUGGCAAAUCGACGUUGAUGAAAGCCUUUGUGCCACGAAAAAGCAUUAAAAUAGCUCCUUAUCCGUUUACGACGACCAAACCACAAGUGGCAUUUUGGACGCCAGAAAAAGGAAAGAAAGAAGCAGAAAGCGAUUUCACAUUGUCUCUUGCAGAUUUGCCAGGAUUGAUAGAAGGUGCAUCACAGAACCGUGGAAAAGGAUAUAAAUUUCUCAAACAUCUUGAAUUCUCGGACAUUCUUCUAUUGAUAGUGGAUUGUAUGGGAUUCCAGCUGUCAAACAAGUUGAAUGAACCUUUCAGAUCUCCAAUCGAAGUUGUCGCCCUUCUGAAUCGCGAACUUGAAAACUACAGCAAGAAGUUGGUUCACAAACCAUCAGUUCUACUGUUUAAUAAGAUCGAUAUCGCUCCCGAAGGGGUACCUGAAAAGUUGGUAGAGAAGAUGCGUGCCAUAGAUUGGCCCCAACAUGUUCCCGAAGAAUUUCGUCCCGUAACUCCUCUGAUUUUUGACUAUGUUCUCCCAGUAUCAGCGAAGUUGGGUGAUGUUGAGGAAGUAAAAAAGGCUCUCGUGCGGGUAUACAAAGGGAUUCGGCCUACGAUGGUUCCCGAAUCAACGUUUGAUGAUCUUGAUAAACAUUUGUUAUGA